AUGUCUGGACCUGCUGCACCGGCCCAGGCUGCGACCCAGACGCCCUUCUACCAGAUCUACCGUCGCUCGGCGCUCGGUACGGCGCUGGUAGAAGCCCUCGAUGAGCUCAUCAACAGCGGGCACAUCAACCCGCAGCUUGCGCUCAUGACCUUGAACCAGUUCGACAAGUCGGCAUCGCAAACGCUGCAGAAGGACGUCAAGGUCAAGUCGACCGUCAAGGCGCACCUCAAGACGUACAACCACCUCGAAGACGUCUGGACGUUCAUCCUCGAGAACCCGACGUUCAAGUUCGAGAACGGGAGCGAGACGGUGCACGCGAGCGGCAAGUGCCGCAUCGUCGCUUGCAAGUCGGGCGAUGCGACGACCAAGUGA